AUGCCUCAACUUAACGAUAUUUUACGCCUCAAUUUAAAGAUCUGUUUUGCAUUUUCUCUUAUAAAUUGUUGUUUUGCUGACCUUCGACAUGGCUACUCAAUGUUACAGUACGGUUACAAGUUGGAUAGAAGGAUAAUAACGUCCUAUGAUAAAUACAGUAUUCUGGAUUGUGUGGAGGAUUGUCUGAGAACAGCACGAUGUCGGUCCAUCAACUACCACCAGGGAGCCCACUUUUGCCAAACCAACUUUAAAAGCAAUGUUUCUACGCCUGCACUGUAUAUUGAAAAACCUGGAUGGAUAUACAGUAAUAUAGAGGACUGGGACAAGGGAAUUGCUGGAGCUUGUUCAACGUCUAAUUGCGCCCUCAAUGAAAAAUGCAAUCCUAUGCCUUUUGGAGAGCAUGACUGCGUCCUGUCAGACUGCGGUAUCCCGUUGGGUGAAGGAUUUUCAUUUAAUAACGUGCGGGAAUGGGAUGCUAUUGGAAUAAAAAGAGGAAUCCAUAUAACAUGCUCUUCUGAGUAUCAACAACAAGGUUCUGAACGUUUUGUCUGUUUAUAUAACGGACAUUGGAAGACAAACUUGAACUGCACUUUGAAAGGAACCUCCAAGGUUCGAGAAAUGCUGUAA